AGCCCCAUACCUUCGAGAGCUCUUAUGGAGUCGACCGUCGUCGCUCCUCGCACCGUUUCACUGUUCACCGAAUCCGCGCAUCCCUCUUCACAGAGCCGACUCUUAUCGCAUCCGAAACUGAAUAAGCUGCGGCCGCCACUCUCGGCUCCUUCGAAGAACAUCAGGCUCCGCGCGACGUUGUCCAUCGCCAUGAGCGCCGCCACCCGAAACCCUAAUUCGAAGGAGGAGGCGAAGCUGUGGGGCGGCCGGUUCAAGGAGAGCGUCACGGAGACGGUCGAGAGGUUCACCGAGUCCAUCUCGUUCGAUAAGGAGCUGUAUAGGCACGACAUCAUGGGAAGCAAGGCGCAUGCCUCUAUGUUGGCCAAACAGGGACUGAUGGAUCACAGUGACAGAGAUAAAAUCUUGGAAGGACUGAGUGAGAUUGAGAGACUGAUUGAAAACGGAGAGUUUAAGUGGAGGGCUGAUAGAGAAGAUGUGCACAUGAACAUCGAAGCAGCACUAACUGAUAUGAUCGGCGAGCCGGCAAAGAAGCUCCAUACAGCUCGAAGUCGGAAUGAUCAAGUUCAGACCGAUUUUCGCCUGUGGUGUCGUGAUGCCAUUGAUAGGAUCAUUCCAUGUAUUACAAAUCUUCAGGUGGCUUUGGUGACCUUAGCUUUAAAAAACGAGGGCGUAAUUGUUCCGGGAUACACACAUAUGCAGAGGGCCCAACCAGUUUUGUUGCAACAUCACCUCUUAGCAUAUGUUGAGCAGCUUGAGCGUGAUAUUGGUCGUUUAGUAGACUGCAGAACCAGGCUCAACUUCUGCCCUCUUGGGGCAUGUGCUUUGGCUGGAACUGGCCUUCCAAUUGACAGAUUUAUGACUGCUGAAGAGCUAGGGUUCUCAGCUCCCAUGCGCAAUAGUAUUGAUGCAGUGUCGGACAGAGAUUUUGUUGUGGAGUUUUUGUCAGCCAAUUCUAUAAUAGGUGUGCAUCUUUCACGGCUUGGUGAAGAGUGGGUUUUGUGGGCAUCAGAGGAGUUUGGCUUUAUUACACCAAGUGACUCUGUUUCCACUGGAAGUAGCAUAAUGCCUCAAAAGAAAAAUCCUGAUCCAAUGGAACUUGUCCGCGGAAAGUCAGCUAGAGUGAUUGGACACCUUGUUACUCUCCUGGUCUUGUGUAAGGGCCUUCCUCCAUCUUACAAUCGUGAUCUGCAGGAGGACAAGGAACCUGUAUUUGAUAGCGUAAAGACAAUUGUAGGGAUGCUUGAAGUGUCUGCAGAAUUCGCUCAUAAUAUUACCUUCAAUAAGGAGCGUAUAUGCAGGGCUUUGCCGGCUGGCCACCUUGAUGCCACAACACUUGCUGAUUACCUCGUUAAAAAGGGCAUCCCUUUCCGAACUUCUCACGACAUUGUCGGGAGAUCAGUUGCAUUUUGUGUCUCAAGGAACUGCCAGCUUCAGGAUCUCAGUCUGGAUGAACUACAUAGCAUCAGCCCGGUGUUUGAUAAGGAUGUGUAUGAGUACCUCGGCGUUGAUAAUGCAGUCAAGAAUUUCUGUUCGUAUGGGUCGGCUGGAUCGGCAUGCGUUGCAAGUCAGAUGGACUACUGGGUUAGGAAGCUCAAUAUCGAAAGAAUCUGAUCCAGACUAUUUCAAUAAUGGCCAAUCAACUUGUAUUGAUAAAGUAGUUUUAGAGUGGGCAGAUUGAGGGUCUCAGGUAUGAUGGAUCAUUUUAAUAUUUCAUGGGCUGCAUUCGGUUGUCCGGAUUUUUUUAUUGGAUAGGAUUAGGUCAAAUAGGGUAAAGAUAUGUUGAGAAUCUGAAUUUCAUAUCUAAUGUUCGAUAACAUCUGGAUAUAACAUGGAUUCAAAUAAAAUACUAUCCGAAUGAGUAUGGAUUCACGGCUUCACCA